AUGGAACACGGUGAGCCGACGUUUGAGAAGUUGUCGCAGGAGCUGGCCAAGUUGAGGGCUACGAUGGCGGAGCUAGAACAGACAAGUGCGCAGCGGCCCGUGACGGUGGAGGUGUGCAUGUCAACACACAAUAGGCUGAACCUGUUCACCGGCCUUCCCCCCACUGGAGGAGGGGAGGUGAGUUUCCCGGACUGGGAAACCCAAGUGCAAUGUUUGCUGCGGAACACCAGCGUUCCGAACCCGUUGCCGCGCAUUUUAGGCAGCCUGAGAGGGAUUGCCUAUGAGCAUGUAAAGCAGGCUACGAGUCCAGAGGAAGUGCUAAGCCUACUACAAAGCACUUUUGGCGACACUCGAUGUGCCGAUGACAGGUAUCUGCAGUUCAGCCGACUCACUCCACAUCCAAGAGAGUCAGCGUCAAAAUUUCUCUGCCGACUGUGGUCAGAGAUGACGAAGCUAAACCAGCAGCGUAGCUUUACUGAGGCCGAUGCCCAGAAGAAGGUGUAUCACACUUUCUGCAAGGGGGUUUCACCUCUUCUGGCGCUCGAACUUCGUGGCACAUUUGGUUUCCCAGGGGAAGCCAGCCCAAAGUUGGGGGACGUCCUGAAAGCUGUUAGAAGGCUGGACGGGACGACUGAGUUUCGAGUCGAAGCCACGGCAGCAGCUAACAGGACUGUCCAGGUCGACGCAGUAACGGCAGCUGUUCGCCAAGAGACGACGCCGCCGCUGAUGCUCACGGAGGAGCAACUCGACCGUCUGGCGCAGAAGGUCGACGCAGUAACGGUAGCUGGUCGCCAGGAGACUACGCCGCUGAUGCUCACGGAGGAAUAA